UAGUGGUACAAGAGCCAGCUUCGCAAACGGACGUCUGGUCGCGAAUUCCGCCACAGAAGAAAAUCGUUUUGUGUUGUGCACCUCUCGGGCUUGUUUCAAUUUUAUUUUUAUAUUAAAUCAUACCAAAUUAACGAUGUUAUUUAUGAUUCAGUGAACCUAUUGUGCGCUCUCUUCGCAACCACAUCUUAUCUCACACGCGUUCCCAAAACAAUUUGGCGGCUUUUCCGGAAACUGCAGUAAAUAAUAUUUUGUUGUUAGUCCCGUCAAAAGUUGAGCGAGGGAAAUGAAAAACAAGACAUAAUGAGAGAUGAUUUCUAUGCAAAUAUCUGUGUGAAAUUAAUUUAGUGUCAUUGAGAAAAGAAAAAAAAAGAAGUAACAAGAGAAGAAAAGACGUUCAUUGAGCAUCUUAUUGUCUCAAGGAAGAUUUGCCCUAAGCCGAGAGGAGAAGUUUUUUUUUCUUGAAUCAUGGAAAAGUGGAUAUUUCUUGGAUUUUUUGUGGUCUAUACGUCAAUGUGUACAGCUUCCUGGGGUACACCAGGCAGUGGGCAGUACCACAUUCAGACAGACGAGGGUCCAGAGAGAUUCUUUCGCUAUCAGACCGACAAUGGCCAGUACCGCAAAGAGAAGCGUCUUCAAGACGGCACAGUAGUUGGAACGGACGCAUGGAUUGAUUCACUUGGAUACUUGAGACAAAAAGACUACAUUGCAGACAAUCAAGGGUAUCGCAUUCUCAAAUCUGCAACAGUCUAUGUUGGGCGCGAUAGUUCAAUUCAAGACGCCCUGAAGAUCGCCAAGAAGGCACCAGGUGUUGAGGGAAAGAAGACCUACACGGAGAUCUAUUCAACAACACCAACAACAACAAUUUCCCCGCCAAUCCAAUCAAAUGUAAUUGGAAAUGACUACGCUAAACCCGAAACAGUCUUCAUUCGUCCCCAUGGAGAUCCAAUAGACUACCUACCGCCUGUGAAAGAAAUCCAUCGACCUCAUCCAACUCCUUCACACGACUACCUUCCAGCAACGACGUCAAAACCAAUCUACGGGACACCCUCGACAACGCUAGCUCCUCCGGUUACAGACACCGAAAUCCCAACAACUCCCGUUCCCAUUUUCCCCACAACAGGAAGGAUACGACCAGCAAUCAACUACGGACCACCUGUAUUCCAUUCAUCAACCCCCAGACCGGACUUCUCAUCAAGUUUAGAUCCAAUUGGUGUGCUGUAUUCAACGACACCACCUCCCCUUUUACCCCCAUCUAAUGAUCUCAGUCCACCUGAUUUUGGUUUCCGACCCUACAUCCCACCACCCAUUGAGGGAUCCACCAUUAGGCCAGACAUCAUCAGCACAACCCUACGAACCAUCCCUCCAAUCUACGACAGAGGAGCCAUUCGAAAGUACGUUGGACCCCUAUCCUUCCAGUACUACCACCCAAAUCUCAAUAGGGAUCAACUUGACAGGGUACCCAAUGCAAUCGGGAAUGGGUAUGAUCCCCAAUAUCCGCAGUACGAUGGGGUUAAUUUGAAGACAAGUGAAGGAUUCCGGUACUACCUACCCAGGCAGUACCAUGAAGAACAAAAUUCAGGCGGAGACACAAGAACCGGAAGUUUCGGGUACAUUGAUCCAUUCGGUAUCCGAAGGGUUAUCUACUACAACACAGCUCCUGGUCGAGGAUUUGUCCAUCGAAAAAAUAACCGAUAUGUUGGCUUCAAUGCCACCCCAUACGACCCACGACCUAUCACGUAAUCAAAUUGACGAAAUACUAAAAGAUAAAAAAAAAUGUGCCUCAAGAAAUGUGGUGUGAUAACGAUAGAAUUAGGUGUUUAGAAUCCUUUUAAGGACACUAAAAGACUUGGGCAUGCAACAAAUUGAGCGUGCGAGUUAAUAAUCUUAUUAAUAAGAAGUGCAUAAAAGGACUCACACAGGACUAAUAAGUGCAAUGUGAAAUGUGUUUUGGGUCUCCAUGAGAGGAGGAUCAUUCCAGGAGCUCACCCAGGACUGCCAUAAAAAUCCCUGAAACUACUGAACAUCUCAACCUUUUCCCGAAAAUUAUUUUAAAUAAAACCUUAAAGAAAAAAGAAUUCGCAACGGCCAAAGAUCAAAGGAAGGAUCUCCGUAAUGUCUUCCUGAAGAUCGAAAAAAUAUCUCACGCGCAGUGUCAUGUGGGGGGGUUUACCUUGAUUUUUUGAAUCUCUCUCAAUUUUAAACUUAAAUCACUUAAAUUCUCUCAAAAUGCUCCAGAAGCCAUCGAAAGUCCAUUAGUGGCGCACACAUUGUACUUGUGGGCGAAUUAUGCAAUGGGCCACGUCAUGUUUUUCAUUCAGCCUCUAUUGAGGAGGAAUUGUGUGAAAAAAAUAUAGUUAAAAGCAUAAAAGAAAUAUGACACAAUAAACAAUAAUUGUUUAUCCAUUGAAAUGUGGAUUUUUCCACAUUGUCGAGUGGAAAUACAAAAGUUUUAUUUUUUUCUUUACAAUUUGCAAUCUUGCAUUAUUGUAAUUUUAUGCAUAAAAACAUUAUAUUAGGAUUUUAUCUUUUUUUUUCUUUCAGCGAGAGGGAUAAGAUUUUACAUGCCCUUCAUUUUGUUUUAAAUUGUAGAGAGAUUUAGUGAUUUUUUUUUUUUUUUCAAACAAAAGAAUAGACGAUCUGAAAAUUUUUAAAGAUAGGUACCUAUUAAUGACGUAUCUCAUUGAUCUUUUUGAAUCUAAAAAUCCUCACAUUGGGCCUUACCAAGAGACCCUUGCAAUUCGCUUUAAAUCUUGAAAUUUCAGUACAAAAUUCAAAGAUUUCAAGGGUUUCUUGGUCGCUGAAUUAGGCACAUUUUGUAAUUUUUUUUUAAAGUUUUAUUUAACUUUUAAACUCUGCUAGUUUAGUAAAUAAAAUCAUUUUUUGCAUAAUCAAGUGAAUUCAAAUUAAAUUUUAAUAAUUCCAUUGAUGAAAAAUUAUUUGGAAAUCAAUACGUUAAGACCCGGUACAAUACGCAAAAUUGUUUUUUUACGUGACGUGUAGCAAACGGUUGCGGAUGUAAAAAAAAUACUCUACCCGAUUGGACUAAAAUUGUAAAAGUUUUCUUAACCUAUUAAACAAAGAAUCAAUUAUUCAAAAAAAAUGCAUUUUUUUUUAUUUUCAAUAAUUUAUUGAAACAAAUUGAACUUUUAGGUAUUGUUUUAAACAAUUUGGAAAUAAUUUUUAUUCAUACUUUUUGACACAGAGCAUUUUUGAAUUCAUAGAUUAAUUUAUUUUUUUCUAUUUUUUUUUCAAUUUUAUACAAUUAAAAAAAAACAAGUUAUUUCUCAACGUAAAAAUUUUUAUUUUUUAUUUGUUCUUCAAUCUUAAUUCUUUCAAUUGAGAAACUUUACAACAAUGUACCGAAAAAAUCAAUAAAAUAAAAAUAAUUUCGGUAUUGCCAGCCGGGUAAUCAAAUAAUCUUUACGUUGGCGUAUAAAAUUGGCACAAAGCGCGUAAAAAAUUUCAAUUGAUAAAAAUUAUUGAGUGUAUUGCCAUCUAGGUAAUUUUUUACCAUACCGUGGGUAAUUAAUUCUUUCAGUAGCGUAUAAAAUGAGAAUCAUCAUAAGGCAAAGGUGUCCAACACACAGAAAUGUGUUAAAGAAAAUCCCUCCUCACGCAUAAUAAUUUUAUUUGCUAAAAUAUUCUUUCUUUGACCAAAUCUUUAUUCACUUUUUUCUUGUCUAUAUUUUUAUUUAAGACAAUUUAUUUUAUUAAAUAAAUUUCUGAUUUUAAACUUUUCUUAUUUCGCAAGAAAAUUUUUAGAGUGGUCAGAAUUGCCGCUUUUUCCCUACAAAUUCCUCGUAAAACUGAUUAAAUACUUUCAGAGAAAAAAAAAUCAUAAAGACCAUCUAUCAAUGAUUUUUUUUUUGGAAAUUUUCAUAGAACAUAAAAUCACAAAACUCUUUUAUGCCCCCCCCCUCCCAAUGCAGAAAGUGCAAUGAUUCAUUUUUCAUUGACAAAUUGGUUUGCAAAAGGGCAUUUUAUGGAGCCGAGAGAAAGAGAAAGAGAAAGAGAGAGAGAGUAAAAACACGACCAGAGCAGGAAAUAAUACGUGCGUAAUUAGUAAAAUCACGUAGAUUAAUUAAUGAAGAAAACAAAAUAACUCCAACUAGAGUGACUAAUCUUUCUAUAUACAUUAUACAUUUUAAUACUAAAAGUAUUUUUGCUGCCAAGACGACAUUUUUUUUUCUCUGGAAAUAGAUUUUCAUUCACACACACGUGGUUGAAUGAAGCUACAUAUCUUUUUGUAAUUUGUUAAUGGAAAGAAAAUGAUGGUUGUUUGUCGAAUGAAUUUCCGUUACAGAGAAAAAUGAUCACGUUGCGAAUUAUAUCUUUGUAAUUUAUUCAAUUUGUAAUUAAUCCUAGAAAUUAUGUAUGUAUGUACCCUAUGUACUUUUCUUCCGCCUCGAAAUAAAGAUGUGUUUAUGAG